AUGGGCGAGUUUAACUUGAAAAUAGCGCUUUCAUUAAUACCGUCCAUGACUGACGAUGAAGUUGCAAUUAAUCAAUUAAUAGACUCUAUAGAAUACUACGACUCUACCUUAAAAAGUGACGCGAAACAACAGUUCAUAAACUUUGUCUUGAAAAAUAGACUUACACAAGUAGCUAAAUUAAAGUUAAGUUCGUCAUACACUUCUGUCCAAAAUUUAGUGACAGAUAUGAAAAAACUAUUGUUGCCUAAAAAAUCAGCCACAGCUAUUCAAAAUAAAUUGCAGACCUUGAGACAAGGAGAGUCUUCGAUUGAUGACUUUGGUCAAAAAUUGUCGAAAAUGUUUGUAGAUCUCACGAUCGCGCAAUCAGACGGUGACUCAAAUGCAUUUGAAGUAUUAAAAGGUCUUAAUGAAAAACAAGCGAUUAAAAGAUUCGCGGACGGAUUGCGCAAUCGUCGAGUAAGUACAAUUAUUGCAGCUCGUGAUUACGACUCUUUAAAAGACGCCAUACAGGGUGCCAAGGACGAAGAGACGACUUCAAGCAAUACGUCAAGUGAUGUAUUUUCUUUUAACCAUCGUAAAACAACUUAUUUCAGUAGAGGGUACGUUCGAGGGCGUGGCUCUUAUAGGGGGCAACCACACUACUCUUCAGGCGCAAGGACGCUACACAACCCAGGACAUUCGGCAACAGGAGCAUCAUACAACUACAGGAGCCGAGGAGCUGGCAGAGGAGGUUACCAGUUCCAGAGCAAUCACCGAGGCAGAAACUACCAAGGAAACCGAGGUAAGUCUAACACUUUUCAUGGAAACAAUGGAUAUCGCAACAACCGUAUUUUUACGGCUGAAACUGAAACUGAUAAAAAUGUGAGCCCAAAUCAGUUUUUUCGUGGAUAA